CCCACCCCCUGCUAACAUUGUCCUCUCUACUCACCACUCUCUCCCCCUUUGCUUUCCCCUCCUUCCACUGCAGUUGCAGAGUGCUGCAGCAGCAGCAGCAGCAGCCUCCCCUUUCCUUCCACUUUCCCUCCCUCUUCUUCUGGUAGCUCAUGCAGAGUACCAUGGGGGCCCAUGGUUGGGGGGGCCUUGAUGAGUGAGCUCUUCUGAAGCUUUAGGUGGAAGUGAUAAAUAAAAACAGAAUUGGAAGGAAUUAAGAGUUUUGGAGGAAAGAAGAGGAUGCUUACCUUCUCUGUUCUUUAUUUGCCUCUUGGGAGCUUCUAAAUUCUAGAACUUUUGUGCUUCCUCAUCUUCUCUGCCUUCCUUUCUUCUUCCUUUUUGGGUUGGCUUGGAGGAGGGAGAGGUGAUGGUGGGAAUCUCAGAUGGAAUGGUCAGGAGCUGUGGUGCUUUGCUGGAAGAGCUUCAGCAAAUUUGGGAGGAAAUUGGGGAAAGUAAAGCAGACAAAGACCGCAUGCUCGCAGAUGCCGAAAGGGAGUGCAUCGAAAUUUACCGGAGGAAGGUUGAUGAAGCUGGCAAGGCCAAGGCACAGCUUCAUCAGUCUGUUGCUGCCAAAGAAGCAGAGGUUGCAGCUCUGGUUGCCACCCUGGGAGAGCAUUCCUUUCAUUCAAUGAAAGACAAGAAACCAGCAUCACUGAGACAGCAGCUAGCUUCAGUCAUUUCUGUUUUGGAUAAUCUCAGAGCAAAGAAGGAUGAGAGAGCCAAAAUCUUUUCUGAUAUGCGAUCUCAGAUAGAGAAGAUCAGUGAGGAGAUAAGAGAAUAUGAAAACCAACAGGAUAACACAACAAAUCCUAUCAUAAUAGAUGAACAUGAUCUCUCAACAAGAAAGCUCGAUGAGUACCAUGCCCAACUUCGUACCCUUCAGAAGGAUAAGUCCGAUCGCCUCCAGAAGGUUUUGGAGUACGUGAAUGAGGUGCACUCCUUAUGUGCCAUGCUCGGGUUAGAUUUCAGGAAAACAGUGGUUGAGGUGCACCCAAGUUUGCAGGAGACAUCACCAGGGAAACCUACAAGCAUUAGCAACAAGACCCUUGAAGGUUUGGCCAAAGCUAUCUUGAAGCUAAAAGCGGACAAAAAGAUUCAACUGCAAAAGAUGCGUGAAAAUAUGGAGUCACUAUAUGAGCUGUGGAAGUUAAUGGAUACAUCAGAAGACGAGAGGAGGUAUUUUGUAAAACUAGCACGCUACCUUGACUUGCCCGAACAGAAUGUUACACAUACAGGUUUACUCUCGUGUGAGACGAUCGAGCAGGUAGAGUCUGAAGUUAGUAGGCUAACCAAGCUAAAAGUUAGCAGAAUGAAAGAACUAGUUUUGAAGAGAAGGUCAGAACUGGAGGAAGAAUGUAGAAGAGCACAUGUCGAACCUGAUACAAGCACGGAAACAGAGAAAACCACUGCAAUGAUCGACUCUGGUCUUGUAGAUCCUUCUGAACUGUUAGCUAAUAUUGAAGCACAAAUAAUAAAGGUGAAAGAAGAAUCGAUGAGCAGAAGAGAUAUCAUGGAUAGAAUAAUCAAAUGGCUUGCCGCUUGUGAAGAAGAAGCUUGGCUUCAGCAAUACAACCAGGAUGGAAAGAGGUACAAUGCUGGAAGAGGUAGUCAUAUAAACCUAAAACACGCAGAGAAGGCACGAAUUGCUGUUAGCAAAAUUCCAGCUAUGGUGGACAAUCUUAUUAGCAAAACAUUUGCCUGGGAAGAUGACAGGAAAAAGCCCUUUCUAUAUGAUGGGGUUCGCUUGGUAUCUAUUCUCGAGGAGUAUAAACUUACUAGACAACAAAAGGAAGAAGAGAGGAAAAGAUUUCGCGACCAGAAGAAGCUGCAAGCUUUACUGCUCUCGGAGAAGGAAGCAAUGUUUGGUUCAAAAUCAGUCCCAAAAAGGAGCAACAGUUUGAACAGGAAGUAUGCAAAUGGAAACGGAUUCAUGACACCAGCACCACGACGGAUAUCAGUGGGAAGUGGAACUCCAGAGCUCCUCACACCGCGCUCAUAUUCCGCGCGCGAGAAUGGGUACUUCAAGGAGACAAGGAGGUUGUCAAUGGCACCAUUGAACUUUGCUGCUCUACCCAAAGAUGACUCCAUGUCCACACUCACAUCCAUCAGUGGUUCAGAACCUGAGUCUCCACUCCUAAAUUGAAACUUAUGGGUAGAUGUGUUUUGUGAUAGCUAACAGUCCAGGAAGUUGUUCAUCUUUGGUUACAAAUUCAGCCUCGAGUGUAUAAAGAGUGUGAAUUAGUUCUUGUGUCAGUGUGCCACUGUUUAGGACUUAUUGUUCCAGUUAGGUGAUGUUUGGGUUGGCUGACAUUUAGAAUGUAGAUAUUGCUAAUUGUCUUGGCGUUUGUAUUAUUUUUACUCAAAUUGCAUUGCUUGUUUUUUCUAGGUUUGUGCUGACGAUGUAUUCGGUUGUGAAUAGAAACAAGGAUUGAGGCUUGCUUUCUUAUGUAAGGAAUAUAUCCAUUGUGUAUUGAGGUUUUAAAUUAUCCCUUC